ACAGUGGAACUCCGUGCACCGCCAACAGUUGGCGCACGAAAUUCAAACCGCAUAGAUCGGUCUGGAUUUGGUUGGUUCGGAGUGGUGGAUGAAAGUGUGCGGUAUCAUAAUAAUAAUUAUGAAUGAAAACAAAAAAUAAAAACAAGCUGAUAGUGAGGGUGCACCCCGAGUCAAGAACUUUUUCGUGAUAGUCAUCCGUUCAUCCGGGAAGCGCACACAGGGUUCAGUGCUUCGACCCGAGCAAGGACAACUGCAGUGAACUCCGCCAAAAAAUAUGGCAAUGCAGUCUCUUUGUGGGAAACACUAAGAACCGUUCAUUACGCGACUUCAAAGAUGCAAUAACGGGGCGAGUGCGUCAUCAGCGCAGCCGCAAUCGAAGGUGUGUUCACUGGCGGGUUGGCUACGAAUGAGCGAAUCGAAUCCCUGACAGUUCAUACGCGCCGAAUUUCGUGGAAAGCCUGAACGACCGUAAAGUUCUAAGCCACACAGAGAACGCUACCAACACGAAGCAACAUUCAACGACAAGACAAGCGGACGCGAAAGAUUGGCUGCUGCAAAAAGUCCUUAUAAAAGCAUUGGUUUGCGCUUGUCCAUCCAAUAGAACAUCGAACGUUUGCCACUCAAUCGGACGCAUCGAAGCUAAACUUGCUCGCGCUCUUUUCUAAGUUAAUUGUAGCCCAAAACUAGCGGGCAAAAUAAGAAGUAUUCAAACCAGACACGUGAAUCGCGCAUUUUAUCUCCGUAUUCAGCUAUAAGGAUCGCCGGAUGGUGUGAAAAGCGACAGCUUACCGAAUAACUGUUAAUGAGUGAUCGAAUAGAUUAAAGUUUGCCUUAGCGCAACUUUUGUGUACGGUUUGUGGUGGCGCAUACGCGUGUGUGAUCUUGAACGACUAUUUAAAGGUAGCCCUCGAAGAGUUGUGUGCCUUCGCUUGAGCACACGUUUGUCAAUUAGCGAUUGAUUGGUGCUAAAAAUAAACACUCCAAACACUAGAUCGAGAUGAAGUCGCUCUCGCUGCUGCUAUCAGUCCUACUGAGUCUGCUGCUACUUACGGAACUGGUUCCAGCGACGCCAGUGUUGCUCGAUAAAUUGUUCGGAUUCGCCGCCUAUCAGCCAGCGAACCCGGGUGGUUACGGUGGAAAUCAGUACGGAUACUAUGGAACCGGCGGGGGAAGCUAUGCCCCGACACAGAAGAGGAAACCAAAGGGUCGUUCGUACAAGGACAUCUGCCGGGUGGUGAAUCCGACACCGUACGCACUGCCGGGCAGUAUACCAUUUCCGGGAGCACCGUUUUGUCCCUACUAGGAGGAGGAGUGUAGGACAUCGCUUCUAUCGUUAGCUGUAAUACUCGUUGUAAUGUGUUCCUUUCGCGCGAAUCUCGAAUCCAUCAUCGACAUUCCCUCAUACAUUCAUGACAUUUUAGUGAUAAGGUGAUAAUAAAGUGCAAACUAUUGUAGAUUAAACCAAUGUGA